GGCCUCAGCCAGCAGCUGGGUGGGAGGAGGCGAUGGCUGAGGAUUCGCAGCCUGAGUGUAAGGGCACCUGAGCGCUUUGUGGUUUCUGUUGGGUGUUUGUUUGGCGUUUGCCUAGGAGCUCGGCUUCUCGGAACUCACUGUGAAAAAUGGAGACCUUUCUAGUGGCUGCAACUCAGCGCCCAGAUCACCGGGUUUAGGAUCGGAUUUGCGGAUGAGUUGCCUACUCAGAAUAUCUGAUCACACGCCAAGAAAGCAGGUUACCUGAGGUGGAAGCACUGUGAGAUGCCAGGUGAUAAGACCCCAUGCAACCUCACGAAGCUUCUGGACAAGUUCGAGAGAGCACACAGUGCUGACGUCUCCCUUUACACCAUGGGACACCUGAACCCCAAAAAUCUCUACAGGCCCCUGGAGACAAUCACACAUCACUGGCGCAAUGCCAACAGGCCAAAGGGGGAAAAAGUCUUCAGGGUGGAAGAGCCGUCUGAUGGGACGGUCGCACAGAUGAAAGAUGCACUGGCUCAUUUUACCAUCAACACAGCUCUGCAUCCAAACGAAGCCCAGAACACACCGCUGUUCCGGUACCUGAAACCUCCUGCACGUGUUCCCCACACUUCCAAAGAGGAUGUCACCCCAGAGGAGACUCUGGGAGCGGAGGGUCCUCCCACACAGCGAAGGAGAGAGGAGCUCAGCUUGCCAGAGAUGAAGGUCCUGAAGUACAAACGAGCGGGGUCCAGCCGGCAGUGUGUGAGGUUGCCCCCAGCCAAGGAUGAAUACAAGUAUGUCAGCUCCUACUUGGCGGGCGUCACGAAGGCAGACCAGUAUAGGAAGUUCUUGUGUUUCCAAAAGGAAGUGCUUGCAAAGCAAGACCUGCCAAAGAACGAUAUCACUGGGAGCAAGGUGGCGGUGGGACAUGAGCAGAAGCUGGGACAGGAGCUCCAGAAAGUGUGUGCGAGUGAUCCUCAGCAGUGCAACAGGCUACAGGUCUUCGGAGAAGUCUUCGAAGACAUUUGCAAUAGUUCUUUGAUAUUUGGCGAUAUCUUGAAAGAAGUUAAGGAUGAAUACGAACUCUACAUGGCCAUUCUUCUGGCGUCGCAGCCUGCAGCACAGUACGAGAAUUUGCUGGCUCAAGUCAAGGGGCUGGAGAGGAGGUCUGUGAAGACAGCAGACAUCUGCCAGGCCAGGGAGGCGCUGAGGGCGCGUGUGACAGCCACCAGAGCAGCCAUGGAGCACAAUGACAAACUCAGACGUGAAUUAGAGGUGGAGCACAGGUUGCUGCAAUCUGCUAAGAAAAAUGCAGAAUUAUCCAAGAAAAAUGUAACAGACGAGAAGCACCUUACUCUUAUUGAGAAGGUUGAAAAGAAGAGGUGUGAAAUACUUAAGAAAUGGGAUGAAAUUCAAGAUCUUGAAAGAGAAAUUAAAACAACUUUGAUUCAUACUGGAAUUUCACAAAUCACUGAGGAUAGGCUUGAAAGCAUAGAGACUGAAGCUAUAAAAUUGGAAACAGCAAAUACAGUUUUGAAGAAGACAAUAUAUAUUAUCGAAAACCAAGUGAAGCAGUGCAUGCGGAAGAAUAAGAUGAGUGAGAGGGAGCAGCGGAACCUUUGGGAAUUUAUUAAAGAAUUUGUGCAAUUAGAAGAAACAGACAAUGACUCCCAAUGACUGGAAAAAUGACCUAUGAAAAUUCACAGCCCCCAUGUACCUAGUGUGAAUAUUUGCAGAUGUAUAAAUUGAUGAAGAUACAUUUCAUUUUGUCAGUUUUAAUCUCUAAUAAAAUUAAUGUGAUAUAUGUACCCUUCUCAAGAUAUUGAAAUAAAUACAUGCGUGCAUGUGAUUAGUUUUGCUUUUUUACACAUAUUCAUAACAAUAACAGUUUUUGCAGUAUUUUUUUUCUUUCAUUCAGUAACUUUCUGCAGGGAAAGACAUUUUCAAAUAUUUGAUAGGAAUAAGAAAUUCAGGCCUCCUGCAGUACCGAUCAAACUUGUUUCUUAUUUUCCAAUGCAAGCUUGUAUAUGGGCAUUUAUCAAAAUGUAGUAGUCAUCUAAUUCAUAUCCAUUUAAUUAAAUAAUCUUCGCUAAUUGUAAACGAUACAGUGUUCUACAAAUGUUAUAACACUAACAUGGUGCUUCUGCCUGGCCAGUGUGACUUGGAGUUUUUUUUUUAUCCCUACUCUACUUUGCCUGUAAACUUGUCUGGGCACUUACAGUAAAUGCGAGUCCGGUUUCUGUGGAGAACCAUCUAUAGGGCUGUUGGGAAGUUCAACUCCAAGGGUGAAGUACCAAAGGAGGGCUGUGAUCCUAACUGGGACGAGGAGAGCUUGAGGUCAGAGAGAGAGAGAGAUGCUUUUCCUGGGGCGUACUCCACUCUGCUUUUAGAGACUGAGUGGUGGCAGCUGAAACUGAACAUUCUUACCAGAUAUAGAAGUAAAUUGGACCUCAUUAACGUUCGUUGAAUUCUCGAUGGUCAAGUUGCCUCCUCCUGGUUAUUUAUGUUCACUAGAAUCUUAUUAAAUAGGCACCAUUUUUCCCAUUACACAGGGGAGAAAAUUAAAUGUGACAUAGUGAAUUGAUUCGUUUAAACUACACUAAAUAAUAGAGUUGGCAUCCGAACCCAGCUUUGGCUUGCUCAACUUUUAAACUCUUAUCACCACAUCGCGCCGUUUCAUUUAUAUACGUCUCCAGUCAAGAUACAGGGAAAUGAGUUCAUGCCAAAGAGUGACAUGCAGACCACUGGAACUAAAAACAAGCAGACCAGAAAAGAAAGCUGUUUGGAAAUGUGAAAGUGGAGCUUUUCUCGGGCAAUAAGUGUAAAAUUUCAGAAUAUAUACAUUAUUUUCUGAGAGUGUAUGUUUCAAUAUUAUAAAAUUAAUACUGGCUCCUCUUAAAAUUUUUGGAAAAUACUCGACAGUGUAAACACCAAGGAAAAUGUCCAUAUUUCUGUACACUCAGGCUAUCAAUGUUCCUAGUUUGGCAUAUUUGCUUAUUCCUGACAUUUUUUUCUAGUUUUUUUAAAUACUUUUUUUUACAAAAAUAAGGUGACCUUUUCCACUCAAACUAUUGUUUAAUAUGUUUUCCCAAGUCACCUCUUCUCAAUAAUAAGCACUUGUCAGUAGCAUUUAUUGGAUAAUCUUUUCAUAAGAAUAAAAAUAUAACUAUUCAUAGCAU